GCUAACACUUGCAGCGAACACACCGCGAAUCAACGACCCUCCAUUUUCAAAAGCUUCUUGAUCUAUUUGUGUACAGAAAGAGCAAAAUGGCCCCAAUUCAGAAGCAUUUCUCUUCUCACGUUGAAGAGAACUCAAGCAGCGCAAGCAGCAAGGCCUUCACGACCAGCAGUUCCUUCCACACAGUCAAAACGUCUUCGUCCCACAACAGUGCAAUUGCCAGUGAAAGCAAAGCAGCCACGAACAGUGAUCAGCCACAGACACGCAUCUCUCUCCUUGAAAACCAGGCUGACCGAGAGGUUAUGCUGCCCAUCACCUCACGGGGUCAUUUCCACCGACUCUUUCUUCGAGAAUCUCCGCCAGCAGUUCGAUACAGCCGUGCGAGACAUGCUGGAUCUGUGGGAUUCACGCUCAUCCUUCGAGGACGACCUUCUCUCCUACAGACGAAUGCGAGAUCUCAACCUCACGGAAGAGACUCAGGCUCUCUCCGUCAGCCAAGACAACACGUCGCAUCAGGUCGUGAUUGACGUGCGCGACUUCAUGGACGGCGACAUCAAGGUGAAGGUGGUGGACGACAGCGAACUGGUGAUCGAAGGCAGCGUCGAGAAGCGACA